AUGGAGCUGGAGUCCUUCAAGGAUCUUUUCGCCUUUUCAGAGAGUGCUCAGAUGCCAAUAACCGCAGAAAACUCCUUCACAGACGCAGACUGGACUGCCACGUGGGAGUGUGCUACACUUAUCCCCAGCAUAAAACCAGAGCUGGACAUGCUGAGCACAGUAUACACACGGCUCGAAAAGAGUCAGCCAUAA